AAGAUUGUCUGUUACCUAUCGGUCCUCUCCAUUUUUCCUUCAAUAAUUGGAGGCAGGCAGCUCUUAAAUUUCCCAAAACCAAUCCGCCGCCACACCACCACCACUACUCACACCUGUCUUCCUUUCUCUUUACUUUAUCUUUCGUUUGAAUCCCAAAACGCUCAGCUUUUGCCGUUCUUCUUUAUAUCCUCAUCAUGGCUUACGCGCCUUCCUAUACAGUUCCCACUGUAUUUUUACAGCCUCCGCCCUUCCCAGCCUCACCUCGCUCUGUAGAUUUAUCACCACUCGAAUUCAUCUUAGCUCUCUUGGCACUCAUCACAAUUCCCGCCUUGAUCUACGCUUUCUUUUUUACUAUAAAGUGCCCGCCAUGGCCUUUUAGGCGGCGUCGUAAUUACCUCCAUAGAUCUAAUAGUAGUACUCGUACUACUACUACGGCCGAUGAUGACGUUGUUAAAGCAAGUGACACGGAGAUUGUCACCGGCGUGAAGUACCAAAAAGAGACGCACGUUAAAGAUAUUGGCGCUGAAUGUCCAGUUUGUUUAUCUGUUUUUGCCGAUGGAGAAGAGAUUAAACAACUGAGCGCGUGCAAACACUCGUUUCACGCUUCUUGUAUUAACAUGUGGUUGAAAUCUCAGUCGAAUUGUCCAAUCUGUCGUGCUUCAGUUCAUGUUAAGCGUCCUACUGGCACCGCUUCUUCCGCCAGAGGUCGCGAUGAUCUUCAGCAAGGUUUGCCUGAUGCUGCCGGUUUGGUUUAACAGUAAUUUGAUUUACUUUACGGUCAAAUUUUGCUUUCCUUUCUGGAAAAUUUUGGAAGAGAAGGAAUGGUAAGCCAAAGAAUUAACUCUUUCCUUCCCAAAUUUCAAGAUUACUUAUCCAGAAGUUUUACUUUAGAUAGAAUUGACUCAGAUCAAGUUUCUAUAAUUAGAGAUCAGGUAAGUAAAUUCAGUUAAUUAAUAUAUGAUUAACGACGAAUUUAAAUUAAAUCACUUGUUAAUUACAACUGAAUAUGAUGUAUGGCAUGUUUUCACUCUUCUUUUUUCUAAAGCUGAAAAUUACUUCUGGAUAGAUAUGAAUCUUCUCCUCUGGACUUCUCUGUUCCGGCAGGUGUUUCUGACUUUUUUUUUUUUAAAUUAUUAUUAUUAUUCUUUUUACGUUACAAUUUUCUGAGAAAUAAAACUGAAGAAAACACCCACCACAUUCAUAUAAUAAUUUUGAUUAUCUAAGAAAUUAAUUAGUUCAAGAAAUGUACAUGUGUAUGGUCUUGCUAACCGACUUUAGCUUGAACAUUUAGAAAGAAGAAAACAGUGCAUUUAUUUUUGCGUAUGAAAUUGAUAAAUGAUACAUGACUUAGGUCUGUUGAUUGUCAAUUCACACGGUAUCUAUGGGCCAUCUUGCGGCCAUUCAGGUCCAAGUGGUGGGCCUGGCGGCGAGUUUUAGGUCAGACUCGAAAAAACCCCCCAGAAGGCUCUAGCCAUGACUUAUUAGUGCUUUGGUUGGUGAAUAUUUAUUGAAGUAAUCAUUGAUUUGUUAGAUGUAGGAAGAAAUUUUCUAUGAAAUUGACUUACUUUUGCUCACCUUCAUAUUGACUUGUUUUCUUUUUAUGAAUACUUUUUCCUGCUUUUUAUAAUUCUGUUAUAGACUUAUUGAAGUACAUGUCUUUCCAAAGAAAAUAUGAUGGGUUAAAUCUAGUCUAGAUAAAUUUAAUGAUUACACAAACUUGAACCCAUCGAAAAAGUUGAAUGUGGCUUAUACCAAAAUUAUGCUGCCGGUUAAAAUAACUGCAAGCAGUCUCCAUUUGUGCUUUGUCAGAGUUAUCUUUUGAUUCCUGCUGGAAAUAAGCAAAAAUAUUGUAAUGGUAGAUCUUCAGUUGGUGGCUUGAUUACACUUAGACCUCUAGGUUUGCGGUACAUUUCAUGUUUGAGAUGUUAUUGGUAGAUCAUCAUCUUCUUCCUCUUCUUCUUCUUCUUCUUCUUCUUCUUCUUCUUCUUCUUCUUCUUUUUUUUAUAAUUGUGUUACCUAUCCUAGAAGUACCUCAAUGUUAGCACUGUUUGCGAUGAUGCUGAUUACAGAUAAUGAUUCUUGAUUAUAAAAUUGUCCAGUAAUGCUAGAAAUCUCAAUUACCAGUAAAGUUUCUUAAAUAUAUUUUUUGUUUCACCCAUUUCCUCGAUUUUUAUGCUUACUUUAUUU